AUGGGAUUGGACUGCCAAAUAUUUAUACUGAAUGUGAAACGUCACGGCUUCAGAAGUGGGGAGAGAAUUAAAGGCACUCUUAGAUACAGCGUAGAUGAGCCAACAGAGUUUGAAACUAUCACUAUUUCAUUCAAAGGUGAAGGCAUAAUUAAAUGGACAAGUGACGGUGAAUACAACAGUUUAAAGGAAGAAUAUUUGGAUCUGAAUACCUCUGUUUUGGAAAGAAAAGAAAAGAAAAAUGUCGGUGUUUAUGAUCACCCAUUUCAAUUUUUACUUCCGGAAGACUUACCAUCAUCGCUAAAUCAUCCGUUGUGUAAAAUAUCUUACAGAGUUUCGGCGGCUUUUGUUACAACUUUACGUCAGAAUAACAAGGAAGAAUUUCAUAACGUAGUACCAGUUUUUGGGUAUUUGAAACCUGAUUCUCCAGAAAUUCUUGCUUUCAGAUUGACUAAACGCCCUUUCUCGUUAAUAUCGGCCCAAAAAACAGUGAAUUGUAACAUCAAUAUCCAAAAGACGUUUUUAGCGCCAGGCGAAAUUAUUAAAAUAAACGUAAUGAUCAGAAAUGAUACACACAUACAUGUGAGCUGCAUUAAAUUUAAACUUAUAUGUGAAUACAUUUAUAUAACGAGCAGUAAAGAAAAAGUGAUGAAACAACAGACUAUAAAAGAAAGUGUUAGAGAAUUUCCUGCGAUAGAUGACAAUGUAGCUUAUUUAAUGUGUGCCAUACCUACAUUGCUGAAUGUAUACUCUGUCCACAAUGCAAAGUUUUUCAAACGAGAUUAUAAAUUGGUAAUCACGGCAAAGUUUCCAUUUCCUAAUAAAAAAGUUUCGUUGCAUAUUCCAGUGAUUAUAGGUGAAAGACAAUGUAGUAAAGACAGAACGGAAAAAUGUGUGGUUUUUUGA